UCAGAAUCUCACAACGCGCUCUCUCCUCAAGCUCUCCAAUUCUGCAAGCUCACGACGUUCUCUUCAAUCAACUCGUUAUCAGUUCGCCUUUUCGCGACAUCAAACUCAUUCUCGAGACUAUGGCGGUGACAGAGGUCGUGAAUGCUACGGGCGCUCCAAUGGAUGUGCCCCCGGCUCAGGAGGUCAACACCAAAUGCUCCGCGGGUGAAGAAAAGGAGACCUUCGCAUUCCAGGCAGAAAUCAAUCAGCUGCUGAGUCUCAUCAUCAACACCUUCUACAGUAACAAGGAGAUUUUCCUCCGCGAGCUCAUCAGCAACUCGUCCGACGCCCUCGACAAGAUCCGAUUCGCCUCACUAACCGACAAGACCGCGCUCGCAUCGCAGCCGGAACUGUUCAUCCGCCUCGUGCCGGACAAGACAAGCAAGACCCUCAGCAUCGUCGACAGCGGCGUCGGGAUGACGAAAGCCGAUCUGGUGAACAACCUCGGGACGAUCGCGCGCUCGGGGACCAAGGAGUUUAUGGAGGCGUUGGAAUCCGGCAGCGGUGACGUCAGCAUGAUCGGGCAAUUCGGCGUGGGAUUCUACGCGGCGUAUUUGGUUUCGGAUAAGGUGGUGGUAACCAGCAAGCAUAACGAUGACGAGCAAUACGUUUGGGAGUCGCAGGCCGGGGGGUCGUUCACGAUUCGCCGCGACGCGGACGGCGAGAGGCUGGGACGCGGCACGAAGAUCACGCUGCAUCUUAAGGACGACCAGCUGGAGUACCUGGAGGAGCGGCGGAUUAAAGACGUAGUUAAGAGGCACUCGGAGUUUAUCAACUACCCGAUCAACCUGUGGGUGGAGAAGACAGUGAAUAGGGAGGUGGAGGAGGAGGAGGACGAGGAGGAGGAGGAAGACCAAGAAGCAGUUGCUGAGGGAGAGGAGGAGGGGAAGAUGGAGGAGGUUGAAGACGAGAAGGGCGACAAGAGCAAGAAUAAGAAGACGAGGAAGACGAAGAAGGUGAAGGAAGUGACGCACGAGUGGCAGCAGCUCAACAAGCAGAAGCCCAUCUGGCUGCGCAACCCCGAGGAAGUCACCAAGGAGGCGUACGCGGCUUUCUACAAGAGCCUGACUAACGACUGGGAGGAGCACCUGGCCGUGAAGCACUUCUCAGUGGAGGGGCAGCUGGAGUUUAAAGCCCUGCUCUUCGUGCCGAAGCGCGCGCCGUUCGACCUGUUCGAGGGGCGGCAGAAGAAGCAGAGGAACGUGAAGCUGUAUGUCCGCCGCGUGUUUAUCUCCGACGACUGCGAGGAGCUCAUGCCAGAAUACCUCUCCUUCGUGAAGGGACUGGUUGACUCUGAAGACCUGCCGUUGAAUGUCUCCCGGGAGAUGCUCCAGCAGAAUAAGAUCCUCAGGGUGAUCCGGAAAAACCUCGUUAAGAAGAGCCUCGAGAUGUUUACAGAGCUCGCCGAGAACAAGGACGACUACAACAAGUUCUAUGAGGCGUUCAGCAAGAGCAUCAAGCUGGGCGUGUACGAAGACUCACAAAACCGGGCGAAGCUGGCCGAACUCCUGCGGUUCCACUCCACCAAAGCGGGCGACGAAAUGACGAGUCUAAAGGACUAUGUUACCCGGAUGACAGACGGGCAGAGCAGCAUUUACUACAUCACGGGGGAGAGCCGGCGGGCGGUGGAGGGCUCUCCGUUCCUUGAGAAGCUCAAGAAGCGGGGGCUGGAGGUGCUGUUCCUGGUGGACCCCAUCGACGAGUACAUGGUUCAGCAGCUCAAGGAGUUUGAUGGGAAGAAGCUUGUUUCGGCCACCAAGGAAGGUUUGAAGCUGAACGAAUCCGAGGAUGAGAAGAAGCAUUUCGAGGAGCUGAAAAAGGAAUUCACGGCCACCUGCAAGGCGAUGAAGGACAUGCUGGGCGACAGGGUCGAGAAGGUGACUGUAGGCGAGCGUAUCGUGGAAUCACCCUGCGUUUUAGUCACGGGCGAGUACGGCUGGACGGCCAACAUGGAGCGGAUCAUGCGCGCCCAGGCUUUAAGAGACAACAGCAUGUCGCAGUACAUGGCAAGCAAGAAGACUAUGGAGAUCAACCCCCACAACUGUGUUAUCAAGGAACUCAAGAGGAGGAUCGAGGCGGAUAAGUCGGACAAGACCGUGCGCGACCUGGUGUUCCUGCUGUUUGAAACUGCUCUGCUCACCUCGGGGUUCUCUCUGGACGAGUCUCAGGCCCUGGCGGGACGGGUUCACAGGAUGAUCAGCCUUGGGCUAAGCAUUGACGAGAGUGUGGAGGAGGAGGAAGGUGUGGAGGCGGCAGGAGUGGUGGAGGGGGAGAGUAAGAUGGAGGAGGUGGACUAGGCUUGGGAAAGUAGUGGGUGCACCGGACGAUCAAGCAUUUACGAGUAUGUAGAGGAGGGCGGGGAGGAGGUAGGAGAAGAGGUGGAGGGGGAAAGUAAGAUGGCAGCGGAGUAAGCUUGGUAAAGGAGUGUAGAGGAGGUGGAUGGAGGGUUCAUGGACAGCAAUCUGUCAGUCAGAUGGAUGUAAAG